CUCAGCGAAACCAAGCGUAACCUUGCGAACAGCUGAUUCCGAAAAUAAACAAAGGCGCGUGGUGCCCGCAUACGCAGAGGUCGUCGCUAUCCCAAUUCGUCCCAGGGCGCCCAUUGGUGUGCUGCGCGUGACAUCAACACCUCUCUUGGUUGGGCUUAUCGGUCGCAUAAGUAAAGCUAUAAAACCUUGGGUGUUACUCUGUUCGUACUCUUUGUCAAGGCCAUAUCAAUAUCUCUUUGUUACAACGGCUGCGCACGAGGAACAACAGGUAGAGGCCAGUAUGAGAAUAUUUCAUGGCAUAAUUGUUUUUGGUCUGAUAUGGACCACCUCUGCAACACCCCUUACCUUUGGGAAGUUCUAUGGAAAUAAAGGAAAGGCACCAACAAGACAUCCAGUGAUUUUAGUUCCAGGUGAUGGGGGCUCAAAGAUGAUGGCCAAGCUGAACAAAACAUCCGGACCUCACUACUGGUGCUACCAGCACACAUCCUUCUACCUGCUCUGGCUCAACCUGGAUGUCCUGUUCAGCAAGUUCAUGGACUGCUUUGUGGACAACAUGAAGCUGACCUACAACAUCACCGACCGCAAGACGUACAACACGCCUGGCGUGGAGACGGUGGUGCCCGGAUUCGGCACCACCGACACCAUCGAGAACCUCAGCGACUGGAACAGCAUCUUCUUCUCGUACACGCAGUACUUUUACCACAUCGUGGAGAACAUGGUGACCCAGCUCAACUACACCCGCAAUGUGGACGUGGUCGGCGCGCCGUACGACUUCCGCAAGGCGCCCAACGAGCUGGGCGUGUUCCUGGCCAACCUGACGCGGCUGACGGAGCAGGUGUACUACCGGAACGCCAACCGGCGCGUGGUGCUGGUGACACACAGUUACGGCUGCCCGCUGACGCUGCACUGGCUGCACUCGCGGCCGCAGGCCUGGAAGGACAAGUUCAUCGAACAGUGGGUGUCGCUGGCCGGACCGUUCGCCGGCACGGCGCUCUCCUACGAGGUGUACGCCGCAGGGUAUAACCUGAACGUGUGGGAGCUGUCGGGCUCUCGGCUGCGCCAGGAGCAGCGCACCAGUCCCAGCCUGGCGUUCCUGUCGCCGAGCCCGCAGGCGUGGCCCAAGGACUACGUGUUCCUCAGCACGCCAGAGACCAACUACACGCUGCAGAACGUGCAGCAGUUCUUCACUGACAUUAACUAUACGGUGGGCUGGGAGAUGCGGAAGGACACGGCCGGCCUGCUGGACAUCACCCAGCCGCCCGGCGUCAGCAUGUACUGCGUCUACGGAAACGGCUCGGCCACCACCGAGAGGGUGGUGUACACGGACAUGGCCAAGUUCCCGGACUCGCCCGAUCACGUGGUGAAGGGCGCCGGUGACGGCACGGUGAACCUGCGCAGCCUGCAGUGGUGCGAGUCGUGGCGCGGCCGGCAGCGCCAGCCGCUGGCCAGCCGACUCUAUCCGGACGCCGAUCACAUGGGCAUGAUCACCAAGCCGGCCAUGGCCGCCGAGAUCGUCAACCACCUGGCGGCGCUCAACGGCGGACAGCUCGUCUGACGGACUGGUGGUGGAACAGACACCGGGCGGCUGCAGUGCAGCUGGUGUGGGGGACGCCGGGCGGCCGCUGUGACAGAUAGCGGGCGGCUCGUCGAGACGCGUCUCGUGUGUACCAGACGGGAGUGCACAGUGGAGAAUGGACGGACGGUGGGACAGAUGGUGAAUAACGGACGGUGAAUUACGGACGGUGGACGGUGGGAUAGGCAGUGGACGGCAGAUGGCAGUCCUCUCAGUCGGUGUUGUAGUCAGAAGGGUGAAGUGGGGCGGGUUUUAUGCGCCCGGGAAGACGACUGUAGCAAUAGUUGCUGCUGUAGACCAGGCAGAUGUGUGCCGGGCCCACACUCCCCGUGUGUUGGGACCGGCGCGGUGACUGGUGGCGCCGCCCUGGUGGCCGGCGCGGCAGGCUGCAGUACCGGCGGCGGCCGCCGGCCCCGCUGAGCUGGACGCGGGCGGUACACUACCACGACAGUUCUCAGGAGGCCACGGCGCAGUGGCCUUACUCGCACAGCCCCCGAACGGCAUCCCCGUUUUAGCGGGGCGUUUCUCGACCUUAUUCGGUGUGCUGCAUGUGAGGCAUUCGUGUGACGUGUAUUAGUGUCGUAUUAAUCAGGUUAUUAGGACCGCCACGACUGUGUCGGACCUAGGUCAGCGCUCUCUCUAUAUUAUGUAUGCCAUUACCAUGGAUGAGAUAAUACUACCUAAUCCAUGCCAUUACCAUAUGAUAACGGAACUAUGUAACCGAACGGCGCAUGCCCGAUGCAAUCAGUGUAUUAGCAGCACAUUAGCCUAAUAGCAUAGGCUGCUUGCAGGGUUCAUCUGUAAGCAUGAUGUAGCGCAUCUAAACAGCUCAAGUACUUUCUUUCAGCUAUGUGUUAUCUUGCGUGUAAUCUCUGAUAGGGAGUGACGAACACGAGCUUUCAUCCUGCUGACGGCGCGUGAGCAGAGUCUGGUGUGUUUACUGUUUACUGUGUAACUAUGGGGCAUCUACUGAGGCAUGUUUCAGCAGUAUCAUAUAGGGUGUGUGAAUAUUGUCAUCAAAUACAUAUCAACGCAUGCAGUG